GCCACGGCACUGCAAGACUGGGAGGCUGGAGCUCUGCACGCGCCGUCGCCGCAGACUGGGUCGCCGAGAAGCCUGUGCCGAUGUCUGGCCACUUUUUUUGUCACUGCGCACCGUGCUCAGAUUUCAGCGCUUGGCAUGGCUCACGCGAGACUGCACCCUACGCGAUUCAGCGUCUGUGCCCGCGCAGGCUCCUGAGCCGAAAAGACACGACUGAGAGGAUAGUGGACACGGUCGAUGAUGGAGGGCGGAGGGAAGGAAGGGGCGGUGGUGAAAAAGGACGGAAGUGAAAAAGGACGGUGAUGUUUGUUCUCGUCGGUCGUGCUGCUCAUCUCCGUCGCGCAACACGAUAUAUGAUUUACCAACUUGGCAUCUUGGAGGACCUCGCAAACCAAAGCCGACUCUCCUACACAAACAGCUCAAAGCGCAGUCGGCAUCAGGAUCAGUGUUAUGUUUGUUGAGCUAUGUGUUACUGUGUUUGCUGCUGGGGUAGGGCGAAGUAAUGUACAAAUCAGGAAAGCAGCUCGUGUUGGCCGAAGCCGAGGGACACCAGAGCAGUGCAUCGCAGACGAGACUUUGGCGUUCACAGGAAGGUCUCAGCUGCUCAUCCAGCACACACUCCGCUGAUGGUCGCCUGGCCGCAACUCAUACUCGAGAGAACCGCAGGAAGAGGAGUGGCCCUGGCGCUCCUCAUGAUCACACAGACAUCGAAUUCACGCGGGCGGUGGACAGCACUGCUUGGCCGAAAGAAACUGGAGGCAAGGGGCAGUCUUGCACAGAAAGAAGGCAAGCAGCCUCAGGGAUCCACGAGAGAGUUACUGCCGUAAACAAUUCAAGAGCGCUGAAGCCCAAGAAUCUAAAUGCGGAACCUUGCGACUCGCCAGAAACCUUGGGGCUGAAGCAGUCGUGCUCUCCUCUCGAGAGCGACCUGCCCCUUCGGAGGCCGCCCCGAGGAGCACGCAGCUGAAGUUGGUCCGAGAGGGGCGGGGCCCUGGCUCGCUCAGCCGCAGUGCUCGGGGCAGCGCCCAGAGCGCAGCCCAGGGCGCAGCCCUGGUAAAAAGUUGUCGCCGUGCUGUCGUGCCGCCCUGCACCCUCCUCGUGGCCUCGUCGGAAGGGCCGCGCCGAUCAUAACAUUAUGUACACCCACGAUCGGCGACCGGCUCCACUGUGCAGCGAGAUCCCUCCUCCUCCUCCUCAUCUGAGUCGGCGGUUCCCAUUGGCGAUGAGGGCUUCCCCGGAGGCCCCACAAGCCGAAGGCGAGGCGAGGGCAGCGGUGUCGGUGCGCUCUCCCUCCUGCAGCAGGUCGCUCCGCUGCUCCAACCUGGGCGCAGGCGGCCGCCCUCUACUCCACGGCCACCGCCUCCACAGCGCACAGCCACUCGUGAAGCACCCCAGCGAACAAGUCCGGCUGCUGCAGCUGGGCGUUGUGGCCGCAGCCCACGACAACGUGCUCCGUGAACAGGCCCCGGAACCUGGGAGUCGACGCCCCGCCAGCCGUCCACGCACGCGUCCGUGACGAAGUCGCUCUCGCCGCGCACGCAGAGGAGCGGCGCGCCGGAGGAGGCCGCGGCGUAGCGGCUCUCCAUCUCGUGGCGGCUGAUCUCCCAGCC